AGGGAGUACAUGCUCAGGGAAACCGAAACCACUAUCUCCACAAGGCAGUUAAUGAGGAGAAACUGAAGCGGCCGCUCUCACACAUGCAGGCGUGGGAGAUCGCCCAUACGCGGAAGGACCCCAAGCCUGGCGAGCCCAAGUACUACGGCAAGAAGACCGCGCAUAGGAAGAAGGCCUACUCCGAUGGGUAUCUGGCGUUACAUCCUGACACACCUGACCCCAUUGCGGCGGAUCUGGACGAAAGGGUGGUGGUGGGCAUGGGGCCGAAGGAGCACGGUCGGGAGGCGGUUCUCGAUGCUGUGAUCACUCCUACUAUCUCCUACACACAGCUCCGUCGGAUCGACCCGACCCUGAGCCAGCGCACGAGCACGCCCAUGAGCAGUGCACCGUCACUGUCCCUCUUUCAGGAGCAGCAAACUGCCUACAUGGAGUACACACGCCAGGAGACCAUGGCGUGGCACGACCGCCUUCAUGCAUACCAUCAGCAGAGGGAUCGCCAGAUGCAGCACGCUUUUCAGGAAAUGGCGGCCGGCAAGUGUCCUCAAUGGCCAUCAGCAGAGGGUCCUCCAGCACAACCAACGUUGCUGACCUUUGAGGAGUUUGUGGCACAGAACGCUGGCCCCUCGCCGGUUAGUUCAUCCCCAAUCUAUUCACUCAAAGCAUAUCAUGCCUUUCAACACAGUCAUAUAUCCCGUUAAUAUGUCUUUUCAACAUCCAGGG